AACCGUUAAUUACACGGAACAUCCAAUCAACACCGGCCAAACUCUUAAUCAUCGCUCGAAAACCAGAUAGCAAGGCUGCCGUGCAUGCCCACAGUCAGACGGAGCAACUAGAUAGCUUUGCCAUCGGUGCUUGCUACUCAAUCAUCUCUAUUGCCAUCACUGUCGCACUGCUAAUCAUCAUCUGGGUAUAUCCAGCAUGUGGCGCGCUGCAGCCUUUCUUCACAUCGAUAUUUUCCUCAUCUCGUACUGCGCUCGCGAACGCGAAUGCGAUUACAUGGUGAUGAACAGAUGAGGCUUGAGGUGCGCUUACAGGUACCCGACGCUCGAGCCAGCGCUAUGUUCGUGCUGUACUUGGACCAAAUGAGUCAUUGCCGGCCAUCAGGUUACUUAAUACGAGUGCGAGGGACGCUGUUCUGUGUCAAUUGAAUGACGGCAGCAAGUUGGCCUGUCAAGUAUUCGCCCAGACAUAUGGGACACAAGUACAUAGUCGGCCUGAACAUCCUUCCUUCAUGUGCACCAUUGGCCUGUAGGGUAAUUUACACGGAAAAUAAACACUGCUCAACGCAACCUCAUAAGGCUUGUUACUCCUGCCGUUACUCAGAAAAGCAACAUUUCCCAUCCAACUAUUUUUAUAAACGUGCCAUCGAGGUCGACAAAUUUCACAACAUACAGUGUAGAGUCUCAAUUCUUGUUUACAAUCUGCGAAAAACAUUACCUGCUCAAAGGUUUUGCGGGCGUGCGAUGUGGUUCACGAUCCGGAGAUUGCGCACUGGAGGUUGAUAUCGAUGCCAAUGCCCAUAGUUGGAAAAUGACAAUGAUCACGACUUCUUUGCAUGACGGAAUCUGGUGUGGUGUACAACGGGAUUGCCAACGUGUAGCGAAAUUGCCAACAAACAUGGAGAAGC